GGACAGCUAAUGUACUGUGAGUAAUCCUGUAAAGAAGCACAAGCUUCAGUAUCACGGGCUUUGCAACUUGUUUCAAGUCUGGAAUAUGGGCAUUCACAUAAAGAGAUGGUGUUUUAUUAUACUUGUAGCAAGUGCAGCAUAUAUUCUAAGGGACAGCUUUGAUCCAGAAACUCUAGCCAAUACCAGGGUCCUGGUCACUGGGGCAAGUACAGGUAUAGGGGAAGAGAUAGCAUAUCACUAUGCCAGGGCCGGAGCGAAACUGGUGCUGACUGCAAGGAGAGAGCAUGCUUUGCAAGAGGUGAAAUCAAGGUGCCUGGAACUUGGGGCUAAGAAUGUGUUCCUGGUCGUAGCAGAUAUGGCCUCUCACAAUGCACGGGAGCAAGUUGUAGCAGAAGCUCUUUCAGCACUGGGAGGCCUAGAUUACUUGGUAUUAAACCACAUUGGGUGGACACCAUUCAAGAUGUGGGAUGGAGAUGUGAAUCACACCCGAUGGUUAAUGGAGGUUAAUUUUCUCAGUUACAUUCAUUUGGCCACUGCUGCACUUCCUUACUUGACACAAUCAAAAGGCUCAAUUAUUGUGCUUUCAUCUUUAACAGCUAAAACACCAAUCCCAUAUACCACAUCUUAUGCUGCUUCAAAAUUUGCUUUGGAGGGAUUUUUCAGCUCUCUGAGACAUGAAUUGACCAUGCAGAAUAAUCCUGUGUCGAUCACUCUCUGUAUCCUCGGCCUCAUUGACACACAGUCAGCUAUGGAGAAGAUCAAAGAUAAAAUCACCAUGUCUGCGUAUCCUGCAAGUGAUGCUGCGCUUGCUGUUGUAUCGGCUGGAGCAGGCCGACAGCGGGAGAUGUACUAUCCCUGGUUUGUAAGACCACUUUGCUUUUUCAGAGACUGGUUCCCACAACACAGGGACUGGUUUAUCCAGAGAAUGUACCAUUAUAACUCGUAGGAGGAGAAGACAAUUCCCUAAACAAAGCACUAACUCCUGGGAACCACUCACAUCAAAUGCACACCUACUAAUUUGGUAAUAAUAAAUGAACAGUGUUCAAGUAUAGACACAAUAUGUGUGUAUAGGAAAAAUCCAGAACAAUAAGCAAAAACAUAGCAGCCAUGCUAGACAGAGACAAUGCUCAAGCUGUAUUCCUCAACUGUCAGCAACCAGAAUGCACUGGCUUAUUUUUGGCAUUCCAGUAGUGCAAUUGUCAAGUGCAUUUGAUUCCAAUAGGAGUGCCACUUCCAAAAGGAGAGAUGUACCCUUCCUGGACAGCCAAGAUUAUUUAUUUGUAAAGGAAAAGCUGCUUUUAUGCUCUACAAAUGGAAAAUACAGUGUAAUGCAUUGGUACUAUAUUUAGAGCUGCUAUGAUUCUUUAAAUUAAAGUGACAGUAUACAUAUGAAGUUAUAACACAAAGUUCAAACAUUCUGGAAGUAAAUUGCUGUUUAAGGGCCCCAACAUUGUUGGCUUUCAGGACUAAAAUGCUAGUGUGGUUUAUAUUGCAUUGCACUGCAUUUGUUAUUGCUGUCUGUUUCUAUUUAAUGCAUUUAACUACUAAUUAUAUUUCAGCCCAAUUCCUGUGUAAUAAAUCUGGGUUUACCUUC